AUUUCUCUGCAGAUUCAUUAUUGCGCCGUUGGCAAUAUUCCUCUUCUUGGCGCACAAGUUGUGGAGAGAAAAGAAAUCAGUGGACGCCGUCGAGAAGUUCCUUCGAAGCCAGAGGGCGCUCGCGCCGACGAGGUAUGCAUAUACCGACCUCAUUGCAAUCACGGGCCACUUCAAAGAAAAGCUCGGCCAAGGAGGAUACGGCUCCGUAUUCAAAGGUGUUUUCCCCGGCGGCGUUCUUGUAGCAGUGAAGAUGUUGUUAAGCAAUUCUAGAUGCAAUGGGGAAGAGUUCAUCAACGAGGUCUCUACCAUCGGUAGGAUCCACCACGUCAACGUGAUAAAGCUUGUCGGGUUCUGCUCCGAGGGAUCGAAGAGGGCCCUCGUCUAUGAGUACAUGCCUAACGGAUCGCUCGACAAGCAUAUCUUCUCUGCCAAUGGAGUCGCUGGUCGGCGAACAUUCACGUGGGACAAACUCAAUGACAUAGCCUUGGGAAUCGCCCGUGGCAUCAACUACUUGCACCAGGGAUGCGAUAAGAGAAUUNCCCAGAAUGGACUUAUCUUUCCUGGCUCAUUUGGGAAAGAUUUCAACAUCUUCCUAGACCUUAAUUUCACUCCAAAAAUUUUAGUUCUCAUGGUAAAGUUGUAUCCAAAGGACUAUAGCCGCAUCUCAAUCAAUGCUGCCAAAAGGACUAUAGAAUACAUAGCUCUAGAAUUGAUUUCGAGGAACUUCGGCAUAAUAUCUUACAAGUCCGAUGACUAUUGCUUCGGGAUGCUGCUGAUGGAGAUGGUGGGAGGUCGGAGGAAUGUUGUGCCGGCAGAGAAUUCAAGCCAGUUUUAUUAUCCUUCGUGGAUAUAUGAUCGGCUAACUCAACCAGAAAUGCCUGAAAUCAACUGCUCUUUCGAAAUCACGGAGAUGGAGAGAAAGCUGCGCAUCAUUGGCUUGUGGUGUAUUCAGCUUAUCCCGUCAGAUCGCCCCGCCAUGAGUGAAGUUGUGGAGAUGCUCGAAGCAGACGUCAAUAGCCUUGAAAUGCCACUGAAGCUGUUCUUCUCGUCAGAAGAGCCAAUUUCUGUAAGACAGUCAAGCUUUGAUUCUUCUUCUCAACUCCCUAACAUUUCUGAGCAAGAGUGACAAACAAUCAGAUGGAAAUUUACUUGUCACCUCAUACAUGAGUGGAAUUGGGCAUCUGCUGAAGUUCACUGGAGUGAAAAGACUGACAAAAAUCCAAGCAACAAGCCACAACUAAUAGAAUUGCAACGCUCUCCUCCUCCGUUCAAGCCUUUCCAACACACAAUGCUUAGGCUUCUCGUCGUAAUUGUCUUUCUUUUCCUUCAAUCUGAAAAGAAUGCAGCAGCAGGCAGCAAAGAAGAAAAAAGGGAGAUAGAAGAGCUUAGCAAGAGGUGCCCACCCUCAACAUGCGGUGGCGAAGGCGGGACUGAGAUUCGAUUCCCCUUUCGGAGAGAAUCAAGCCCUCCAUUCUGCGGUGCACCUGGAAUGGAACUCUCGUGUUCCGGCAACACCACAAUCCUAACACUCCCAAAUUUCGGCUCCUACAAUGUUACUGCAAUCAACUAUGGCCUUGCAGCGAUCACGGUCAAGCUCCGCGAUUCGUUGGCGCCGUGUCCGCUUCGGAACCGAAGAUCCAUUAACCUGAGGACUCCCAUAUACAAGCCUUAUGAGAUUGUGAAUGUCAUCUUAGUAAGCUGCUCAAGAAAUCUCUUCCCACAAAAUGCAACUUUACCAACGUCCUGCCUCAAAAAUGGAGAUGAUCAGUUUGUUUACGUGUUUGAUGCGCAAGAAUACAUGGACACAAUCCCUUCAUACUGCAUGGUGACCUCAAAAGUUCUGCACAUGCCUGCUAAGGAUAAUCAGGGUGACCUCAAAGAAAUCGUGAAUGAUCUUGUCGUGCAACGUGAGAUCACCCUCAGUUGGUAUGUUCCUGAGAUUACUGACAUUUGCAAAGACUGUGAAGCAGCAGGGAAGACUUGUUAUUUUAGUUCCAGUAGGAACACCUCUUUCUGCAUUCAUCAUGGUGAAAAAAUUGUCAAGCUCACUACAGGACCAUCUGCAGCUGCAUUUGUUAUACUGCUGGCAGCAGUCAUUCUAGUCUACAUUUUCAAAAAGUCCGAGAAGGAAAAAGAAACGCGUAUCAAAGUCGAAAAGUUCCUCGCAACAUAUAGCGACACAAAACCGACUCGAUACACUUUCUUGCAACUUAAGAAGAUGACUCGGCGGUUCAAAGUCCAACUGGGGCAGGGCGGUUUCGGAAGUGUGUACAAAGGUGUGUUGCCAAACGGAGUCCCCGUGGCAGUUAAGAUGCUCGAGAGAUCGAAGGGCGAGGGCGAAGAGUUCAUCAACGAAGUCGCAACCAUCGGUAGGAUUCACCAUGUCAAUGUGGUUCGCCUACUAGGAUUCUGCUCUGACGGAUCAAGGCGCGCACUAAUCUACGAGUUCUUGCCGAAUGAGUCCCUAGAGAAGUUCAUCUUCUCGCGUAAUUCUACGAGCCAUCAAGAACCAUUUAGGAUGGACAAGUUGCAGGACAUAGCAAUAGGAAUCGCUCGCGGGAUAGAGUAUUUGCACCAGGGAUGCGACCACCGCAUUCUACACUUCGACAUCAAACCGCAUAACAUUUUGUUGGAUCGUAACUACAAUCCAAAGAUCUCCGACUUUGGCCUUGCAAAGCUGUGCUCGAAGGAUCAAAGCAUUGUUACAAUGACAGCAGCUAGAGGAACAAUGGGCUACAUUGCACCAGAGAUAUAUUCUAGAAACUUCGGAACGGUGUCGUAUAAGUCUGAUGUUUACAGCUUCGGAAUGCUGAUGCUGGAAUUGGUAGGCGGAAAGAAGAUUGCUGAUCCGGAGAUUGAAAACCAAGGUGAGGCUUACUUCCCAGAGUUGGUUUACGAGCAGUUAGUCAGCAGGCAAGAAUUAGAAUUGGAUAUAGAAAUGACCGCGAGUGAAGAAGAGAUAGCGAAGAAACUCGCGAUUGUUGCAUUAUGGUGCGUACAAUGGAAUCCGGCGAAUCGCCCGACCAUGUCGAGGACGGUACAGAUGCUGAUGGGGAGUUUGCAGGACUUGGAAAUGCCCCCAAAACCAUUUGUCCCCUCAUUAGGAUAUGAUACUACCGAAGUUCCUAAUGAAGUACUAGCUUCUGCAGGAAAGAAGCACCCAAGAUGUCCGCGUUUCUCUUGUGGAGCUCUGCAGGACAUCGGUUAUCCGUUCCGCUCGGAGGGCGAUCCCCACAAAUGCGGUGAUCCUCGAUAUCAGCUUGCCUGCGUGGAUGGUAACAAGACUAUCUGGGAUAUCCACCAACCUGGGACGUACUACGUUACCGAGAUCCCGAAUAUUAACCCACAUUCCUUCGAUUCCCCAUAUUUCUUAUAUCGCCCAUAUACCAGUUUCACAGUUGUCGAUGCCAACUUGGCUAACGGCAGCAACUGCAGUCUUCCCUUGCAGUCUCUUUCCCGCACCAGCAUUGAGAACGUGGGAUUUGAUGCAGGCUUUUUUUGGUGGGCUACUUUCGUGAGCUGUAGGAGGAAGAUAGUAAGCAGCACAUAUAACCCUGUUCCUUGUUUGAGCAAGACCGGUGCGUUUGCAUAUGUUAUACUUUCAUAUGAAGCGCUUCACCUGGAGGAUACGGAGCGUUUCUGUAGCUUCGUAGCUAUGACUCCGAUUACGUUCGAUCGAGAACCAAUGCAGCAGACGAAUGGAAACAUUUACGCGCUGGAGCAUCCCACAACAGAAUACGUCUUCCAGCUCCUGAAGCGCGGUUUUUCGGUUCCGAUUUACACAGGUCUUCCGGAAUCAUCCAUUGGUGAUUGUCUAAAGGACGUUGCAAAGGGGGCGCUGGGGUGGGGCGGAGAGAGGGAGAUUUCACUUUGUGAGAAAACGCAUUCUGAUCGAGUAGCAGAAAUAGAGCUUUUGGACAAAUAUAUUCGGAGGUGGGAUUCUCUCUCCGAGAUUCGGAGCUGGGAUUCUCUCUCCGAGAUUCUUCUUUGCUCAAAGUGGAGUGACUUUGAUCGGAUGUAUGCAAUACAGUCACAAACGCCCUUCACAAUGGGUUUCGGUUCUCUCGAUGCCAUUAGAAUAUAUUGUACAAAUUUUGACAGAUUUGUUAUUGCGCCAUUGGCAAUAUUCCUCUUCUUGGCUCACAAGUUGUGGAAAGAAAAGAAAUCAGUGGAUGCGGUCGAGAAGUUCCUUCGAAGCCAGAGGGCGCUCGCGCCGACGAGGUAUGCAUAUACUGACAUCAUUGCAAUCACGGGCCACUUCAAAGAAAAGCUCGGCCAAGGAGGAUACGGCUCCGUAUUCAAAGGUGUUUUCCCCGGCGGCGUUCUUGUAGCAGUGAAGAUGUUGUUAAGCAAUUCUAGAUGCAAUGGGGAAGAGUUCAUCAACGAGGUCUCUACCAUCGGUAGGAUCCACCACGUCAACGUGAUAAAGCUUGUCGGGUUCUGCUCCGAGGGAUCGAAGAGGGCCCUCGUCUAUGAGUACAUGCCUAACGGAUCGCUCGACAAGCNCUCCGAGAUUCUUCUUUCUCUCUCAUUUCUCUGCAGAUUCAUUAUUGCGCCGUUGGCAAUAUUCCUCUUCUUGGCGCACAAGUUGUGGAGAGAAAAGAAAUCAGUGGACGCCGUCGAGAAGUUCCUUCGAAGCCAGAGGGCGCUCGCGCCGACGAGGUAUGCAUAUACUGACAUCAUUGCAAUCACGGGCCACUUCAAAGAAAAGCUCGGCCAAGGAGGAUACGGCUCCGUAUUCAAAGGUGUUUUCCCCGGCGGCGUUCUUGUAGCAGUGAAGAUGUUGUUAAGCAAUUCUAGAUGCAAUGGGGAAGAGUUCAUCAACGAGGUCUCUACCAUCGGUAGGAUCCACCACGUCAACGUGAUAAAGCUUGUCGGGUUCUGCUCCGAGGGAUCGAAGAGGGCCCUCGUCUAUGAGUACAUGCCUAACGGAUCGCUCGACAAGCAUAUCUUCUCUGCCAAUGGAGUCGCUGGUCGGCGAACAUUCACGUGGGACAAACUCAAUGACAUAGCCUUGGGAAUCGCCCGUGGCAUCAACUACUUGCACCAGGGAUGCGAUAAGAGGAUUUUGCACUUCGACAUCAAGCCACAGAAUAUCCUCUUAGACCGUAACUUCACUCCAAAGGUUGCGGAUUUUGGACUAGCAAAAUUGUAUCCAAAGGACACCAGCCUCGUGUCGAUGAGUACUACUAGAGGAACAACAGGAUACAUUGCACCUGAAUUGAUUUCCAGGAGCUUCGGUAUUAUAUCUCACAAGUCUGACGUCUACAGCUUCGGAAUGCUACUGAUGGAGAUGGCAGGAGGAAGGAGGAAUGCUGACCCUCGAGCUGAGAAUUCAAGCCAGGCCUAUCAUCCUUCAUGGAUAUACGAUCGAUUAACCCAACCUGAAAUAAGUGAAAUAAGCACCACUUUUGAUAUUUCCGAGGGGGAGCGAAAGUCGUGCAUUGUUGGAUUGUGGUGUAUUCAGGUAAGACCAUCGGCUCGCCCUGCCAUGAGCAAAGUUAUAGAAAUGCUAGAAGCAGAUGUUGGAACCCUUGAAAUGCCGCCGAAGCCUUUCUUCUCUUCAGAAGAGCCGAUCCCUGCCAUUAGCAUAAGUUGCUUGGAUUAUAUGGGCAUCGUGAUAGCAUUUAUGUCAACUGUUAGGCAGUUACAGAAUGCUUAUGGAUUGAAUCCUCAUAAUCCUUUUACAGAAGAUUCUUAUGGAUAA